GGUUAUUAUUUUUUUUCGCAAAUCUGGCUCGUGUCUUUGUAGAGAUCUAAAUAUCCCAGUGUAUAAGAAACCCGCUCGACCUUGAAUGAAAGAGAAAAAAUGGUUGGCGGAACGGCGUUAGAGGAAAUGAACACCUCGGCCGAAGACACGGUUAGCCUCAUUCGGCAUGAUGGCGAACAGGUAAGCACACUAAGCUCUACUUUCUAAUCAGCUUAAAGCGUCAUUUGUGCUUUAUGGAAUAAUUACUGUUGAAGGUUGAUAAGCUAAUAAACCCCCUGUUACCAGAGGUAGCCUCAAUCAUUGCGUGUCGAUUCAUUUUGGUUGAACAUAAUUAAGAUAUAAUGUAUGCAGGUAGUUGACUCAUGCUUGUUAUGAUUUGAUUUAAAUAUAUAUCGAUAUAUAUUACUUUAUUUCGAAUUCAGUUUGGAAAAAUCCCAGAGGCAAUCGAUUACCUAGAUCUUUUUCGCUCUCUUUUAAUCCAUAAACUCCAAGCAUAAUGACGGUGCUGUGCGGAAAUCUCUCCAAAGAUUGCCCAGGAAUUUUCAAAAUGACAGUAUCUGGUUGAUAAUUGAGGAACGAAAUCAGUACUUAGAUGAUCAGAAAACCUGCGGAAACCGAAAAAAGAUAAAUUACCAUAUCAUAAUAGAUUUUCUUGGAAAUUACACUCUUCGAUUUAAUGAAUUCUCCCUCAUUUCCUGAUAGAGAGGUUUGCUGUGAAGCAAAUGAUGAAAGUUGAAAAUGCCGCAUUACUAUAUCUGCUAGGGAUCUGCUAGAGAAAAUUGCUAUUAAUUUAGUUCCCAGGAGAACUUGUAAUAAGUACGUAAUCUUGGACUUUGAAAACUUAAUCCAACCAAGCAUAAGUAGUUGGUGAUCUGCUAUGUGGAACUCCUGGAAUGUUUUCAUGCUUCACGGUACAUUGUAUAUAAUUCUUAUAGAGUGAGCCUAUAAGCAGUGGUUAUAACCUGCACAGAAAGCGUAACAGAGGGAGGGAGGUCCGUAUGAUCAUAGUUGCUUGUCUAGUGUUUGGCAUUGCUGUGACUGCAGCUCUUAUUGUGGAUAUCUAUACUGGUCAUCACCAUACAGGUACAAAAAUUUUUUUUGUCAGUCAUUUUUAAGUUUUUAAUGAAAAGGUUCUAAGUUAUUGUCAUUGUUUUUUAUUUCCUUCAUUGUUUGCAUGUAGCCUGUUUAGCCUAAAUGUAGCGAACCUUAAUGAAUGUGCACGGAUUUAACUCAUUUUGUUUUCACAACUAUCAUGAUAGAAACUCCUGAUAGCUAGCUGCAAAAUUGUUGACCUUCGCUUGUGUUGCUAAAAAUGUGUCCAUAACUAGAGCCAGCUCAUUAUGGGUAUCUGUUUUACUAUGUAGAGGAGUGUAUAAAACAUUUAUAUGGGGCUUUUAAUAAUGGGAUUGUAAUGUAACAGCCUUAUUAAGUGUAGUACUGGGUCUUAGGGAGAGUGUCCAUUAAUGGUGAUGUUUUUUCUCCUUACAUUAUCAAUAUGAUAUCAAGUACUACAGGUGUUGAGCAUGAAGAAAAAUCUAUUGGGUGAUAUUGUUAUAUUCAACACAAAUGAGGAUUUCUCUCAGACCAAACACAAGCAAUUUAUUUUGAACCACAUGGAGAAGUGGUAGAUUUUGUUGCUGUAAUAUCUUUUCCUUGUUCCGAUUAUGAGGGUUUUUUUUUUUUCAAUCAGGUCAUGCUGCUGUGGUGUCAGAUGUUAAAGAAUGUGCUGAUGUGGGUUUGGAUCUGAUCAAGAAAGGAGGCUCUGCUACUGAUGCUGCUAUAGGAGCCAUGUUAUGUGUUGGAGUGAUGAAUCCAGAAAGUUCAGGGCUAGGAGGGUAUGAUAGUAUUAUUGUUAUAUUCAGUAACACUUCAUAUUAAAUACUAUCAGAGAUGCAAUAAACACAUAAAUAUAUGGCUUCUUCAUUUAGCCAUUUUUCUGUUCAUUUACUAAGUAAAUAUUAUUUCAUAUGUAGAGAAACUUUUUCAAAAUAAUUUAAUAUAUUUGCAUUUUUGUGAUUUUGAUGUGACUUUGAAAAAAAUAAUGAAUCAAAAUGAAAAUGAAAUUGGUUAAUUAAUAAUAAGACUGUUCAAUUUCUGAUGCCUUCAAUAUUUUUUAUAUUAUUUAUACAGGGUUUAUAUAAAAGUUACAUGUACCCCAUGUCAAAUAAGACUUCAUAAGUCAGCAAAGAAUUACAAAUAAUAAUUAAAUGUUACAAAAAAAUGCAUUUCUCAAGUGCACUUACAGUGUUUGCAGGGAUAUACAGUCAUGUAUGUGUACACACAAAUUUUUCUUUGGAAAUGUUAUUUCUGACCAACUUCCUACACAAAAGACAAAGUGUUUUCCUUUUGGAGUAGUCAUUUUAUUUUCUCCCACAAAGAAAGAUAAAUACAUCUUCUCAGUAAUGCACUUAUAGAAGAAAGCCCUUCCUCUACACACAAAAUUAAAUGCCUUGGCUUGAAUCCUUUGAUCACCAGGUGACAUUCAUAUCUUCACAUGGGAACACAUUACACAAAAUUUGUGACUUUUGAUGUAAAUUUACAAGCCAAAAUAUUUCUCUAAUUGACAUGAUGCAAAGAACAGUCUCUGCUUGAAGGGUUAAUGAUUAUAUUAAAUGUACUAGCAAGUCAAGUGCAGUGAUGUAGUGGUUGAUUCCUGUGUGUCUGGUGUUUAUUUUUGUUUGUAGUGGUGGCUUCAUGCUGACUGUAGUUCCCAAGAAGGACAAAGAAGAAGCAGAAGUGAUUGAUUUCAGAGAAGUUGCACCACAAGCAGCCACUAAAGACAUGUUUAAAGGAAAUGGAUCACUUGCGAGAUGGGUGAGACUGCAAUAUGUCUAGACAUGGAAUAUAGAGUCUGAGUACAGUCAAAAGUUUAUGCACUCACAAUGACUUCUUUGUUUCUGUAAGCCUUGCAUCUUUUUGUAGUUAAAAAAAAUUAAAAGUAAAAUUAUGAGUCUUUCUGCUUUGAUUUGGCCUUCAAUAUGUAGGAACUCAUUUUCAUUGAGAAGUUGUUCAUUAAAAUCACAAGUUAGAAUAUCAUUGUGCUGCAAAAAAAAUUUAACAGUACUAACUAAAUUAAAGUGUUGCUAGUAAGGAAAAAGGAAUAAAUUCUAAAACAAGACCAGAGAAUUUACCAAUUACUGUACCACAGUCGGUAUUAUCCUUGGAACCAAACAAGUGAUUAGUUCUGUGUUCAAUUCACAGCUUAAUAGGAUACACUGUACUGGUAUCAAGAAUUUAAGCUGGGGUAUAUGUAUGACCAAAGUGAGGCUGUAAGCAUUAAGGAUAUUGUUAUUUCUAUACUUGUUUCUACUUACAAAAAGUUAUUUUUUGACCAGGGUGGGUUGUCAGUUGCUGUGCCAGGUGAAAUAAAAGGAUUUGAAUUGGCACACAAGAAGUCUGGAAAGUAAGUAUCAUCAUGUUAACAUGGAAUUUGUCCUUCUCCCAAGGUACCAUGGAUCAAAUAUGAUGGUUGUGAGAAUAAAGGAAAUGAUCACAAAUUCAACAAGCUCUUGAUUAUAUGACAAAUUGUCCUUCUAGGUACCAUAGGAAAUGUAUAGGAAACUAUAGCAAGAACUUGCAGACUGAUGUUAGGGUGUAAAUGGUUAAAGAAUAGAUGCCGAGGAAUAUUGCGAACAAUGGAUUUUACAUAAAUCUGCCUGGCUAUUUUAAAAAUUGUUAUGAAUUUUAACAAUUGUAUUAUAAGGGCUUCAGAGAACUGAAUUUAUGCUGACAUACUGACUUUGUACACUAAGUCUUGGAACUAAUGAUUAACUUCCAAACUAUUGGUUCAAAAUUGUUUUUCAUUUUGACAGAAUUGUUUCUGUGAAAUUACAUGUACAGAGGACAAAUUCAUAUUAAUAGUGCAAGUUAAUGUAGCAUUUAUAUGUUCUGGUGAAAAAUUUCCCGUGAUCUGUUGCCCAAAGUUAUGAUAUCAUGAUUAUAAUGAUUAACAGAUAAAGAACAUUACAUUGUAAAUUAGUCAAAAUGGGUGGAAAAUAUUUAUUAAAUCAAGAAAAAAUUUGAACUGCAGCAUGUCCAUGCAAUCAAGUUUAAGACAUUAAGUACAUAUACAUUCUGCAAAGUGCAGUUUCUCUAUACCUUCUUGUGUUGAAAUGCAUGUUGGUGCUUAAAAUAUUUUUAUGUAAUAUCCAUCACAGGUUAAAGUGGUCAGAAGUUUUUGAACCUGCCAUUAAACUAGCCAAAGAAGGUUUUAAGGUGACUGCUCACACAGGUCAGUGUUCACUUGAAGUGUUUAUGAGCUCAAGAUGUUUGAUACAAAAUAGAAAGAAACGAUCGUUUCUUAUUGUUUUUCAUUCAAAUUUUCUUGUGUUUUACUUUUGACAUAUUAAGAAUUUCCUCUUCUGAUUCUCUAAUAUACUUUUGUUACAUAUAUUAUGGUUUUUUGAACUUGAGCUGUAUAGGUUAUCACAUAAAAAUUUGUCUAAUCAACAAUUGGGAAGUUUGGAGAGCACUCAAGAAGCUAGAGUUGCUUGAGGCAUAGCCUCGAGCAACUCUGACGCAUUAUUCAUGCCCUCCAAACUUCCCGCGUGCUUCAUAUCUUGAUGAUCACACGCUGACAUAUGAACCAAUUGUUAAAUUUAAAAGUACAAUUUGGGAUAAAGAGCAAUUUGUAGUCGUUGAGAAAUAUGACUCUGUUUUCCAUUUUAGUUGUCUUUAUCUUGUGUCAUGGCUCACCAGUUUGGCCACUUUCCUUUGCCUUUUGCCAGAGCAGUCUGGUUUUUUCCUUAGGAAUUUCUUUCAAACUUUUAAAACCUCUCACAAGAAUAAAUGAGUCUUUAUAUUUUUUCUCUUUGAGGUGUGGGUCAACAGCAGUAACCACUACACCAAAGCUAUCAUGUUUGUUAUCAUCCCAGUCUUUUGUACAAAAUGUUGCAUAAAAUUCCUCGCGAUUUUGCUUUCAUAUUCCUUUUUUUGGAUACCAGACUUCUAGUCAGUUAUUUUUCCUUUGUUGGGCCUUAUUUUGGCAUUCUCCCUUAAACUCUGAAUUAGAACAUAGUUCUUACUACAGUAUCAACCAAUGAACAUGCUGAUAAGAUAAGCUUUUAGUAGUUUAAACAAGUACUUGACUUUAUAUCAACUGAGGCUAAUUUGCUAUGCAGGAAGAGUUCUAAGGAAUUUGCCAAAGGAAUCCCUUAGUACUAAACUAAAAGAAAUGAUUUUGGACCCACAAGGGAAGCCUUUGAAGGUAAUUUCUUUUACUUCAGUUGCAACAGAAAGGAAAUCAAAGUAACAUGUCAAUACAUUAUGUUUUAAGAUCAACCCUUGAUUGAAAUUUGUUCCACCAAGAGGUUUGGAAUUCAAGAAAAUAUAUUAGUCAACUCUCUCAAAGCUGGAGAUGUUUAGGAGUCCAGCAGUGUGCUUCUUGUACAGGUUUGCCCAAUUUAAAAGGAUUGAUAGUCACUGUUGAGAACAAAAUCAUUGAGAAAUAUGAAUUGUGAAACCACUAGCUAGUAGCCUUAUAUAUUCCACUUGAAAAUGAUAUGUGCCAAACACAGUUACCUUAAAGUUCAUGAGUUUCAAAAGGACACCUGCUUAAAAUGGCAUCAGCCUUUUUUACCAAGGUAUGCUUGAAGGGAGAGAAGAUUGAAUGUUGAGGUACAGGUUACUAUUUCUAGGAAGGAGAUAUAAUGAGAAAUCCAGCUUUGGCAGAGACAUUACAAAACAUAGCAGACCAUGGGGCUGAUGUUUUGUACAGAGGACCCAUUGCAGAAAAAAUAGUGGCUGCGGUAAGUUCUUUUCAUGAAAAGGGAUAUGUUGCUUUGUAAUAAUUCAGGUGGGCUUUGCUUGGAAGUCCACUCCAGGGCAUUAGGACAAUUUACUGUAGUUUCUACUUAUCUAAUAUUUUUAGCUUGCAAAACUUAAAUUAGGAAUUUCUUUUCUUUUUUUUUUUUUGAUGUCUUCAGUAUAAACUGCAUUGUAUGCAAAUUGAUCGGAACAAAGAAGUGUUAAUGUGUACGAAAAGUUAUUGAAUCCUACAGGACUUACUUAGGGCAUCAACAUGGCUAUCAUUUUUAUUGCUUUGAUAACCAAUAUAACUGCUGUGAUGUCAGGGGAAAACAUUAAAUAAUAAUUUGUCAGGUCUGAAGCUUUUAUAGUCAUUGGGGAUGUUUAUCUUGCUUUUUUUGCCAUGAGAUCCUUAUAAAUUAUGCUGAAAGAAAAGAAAAUUUUUUUUUUACUAAAUAUCUUUUACUUUUCUAUAUGACUUUGUUUAACUUCUAAUAAGUUGUACUGGAUUAAAGACCAACUUGCAGACGUCUCUACUUGAUUUUAUACAUUGGCGAGUUGAACUGUUGGCGACUUGACCAUAAUUCAAGAAGACACAUUCAAUCCAAGUCACAAAGAGAGGACUUCACAAAAAAUUAAUGACUCAAAAUGGAGAGAACUAUAUUUACCAGCAGUUCAUUUAAAUAACCACACUUGUUUACAUAUUGUAUUCGUUUUUGCUUCAGCCCUUUUAUAAGGAACCAUUUAUUAUUUGGAGAAAAUAGGAAUUUUUGAUGUAAAUGAAUUUUUUAGCCAUAAUUAAGUGACAAUUUCAAAUUAAUUUGCUAAAGCUGACAACUAGUCCUGCAUUUUCCCAUUUUGUUAAUUUUGAUGUUAUUGAACCUUUACUGGUUAUCAUCAAUAAUUUUUAUUGAUCAAGGACAUGUUAAUAAUAAAUAAUUCAAAAUACAAACUUUUUGCAAAAUCAUGCAGUUGGAGGGUUGCAAGAUACAUAUACAUGAGUGUACAUCCAAAAAUCACUAAUGAAUAAACAUGGUGCAAAACAGAUAAAGAAAAGGUGACGAGAUUCAAAUAUUUUGGGGGUUAACUUUCAAUAGAAACUUAAAAAGUUACUUGCUUUCACUUUGAACUGCAAAUUAGUUUUCACUAUUGUUUGAAUCUAUAGACUUUAAUGUUACUUGUUGGAUUGGAUUCAGGUCACAUCAGCAAAUGGAAUCCUAACCAGUAAAGAUUUGUCAGACUACAAGCCUCUUAGCAAAGCUGUCAUUAAUUCAACAUAUCUUGGUAUGAAACAAUAAAUUAGUCAUUUAUUUUUGUUUUGAACGUAAGCAAAAUAUUUAAGUGGCUCUGAGAGCAGAUUCAAGUGUACAUGUAUGUUUUCAGUGUUUGAUAGAAUUAAAAACUGUGUGUGCCUGUUCUUUUAGUUUAACUCUCUAACCCCUAUUGUGAACAUGAAAGUAAAAUUUUAAUGUUGUUGUCAUCUUCAAUCUAUAUUUUUCCAGGUUAUCAGGUGAUUACAACACCUUUACCUUCUGGGGGACCUGUUUUAGUGUCAUUGCUAAAUAUCCUUGAAGGAUUUAAUUUCACCAACAAAGAUCAAGGAAAAAGCCGCUCAUACCACUACAUUAUAGAGGUGAGGAAGAUACAUGUUUAGGAAAAUACAGGCAAACAUUCAAACCUUCUGUCUCAUCAGAUUUCCAAUAAGAAAUUUUACAGAGGAAAUCCCCUAAAUUGUAAUUUUGCACAGAGUUAAUUUUUUUUAAUGAAGCACCAUAUGAGUCUACUGCAGCUUCAUAGUAGUUCUUAAAUUUUCUCCAAUUUAUUUUGGAACUUCUUAGACACGUAGUACCCUGUUUUAUGAUUGUAAUAAUGAUCAAAAUUAACUAAGGCUUAAUUAAUUUUGUAGAAGGGUUAUUGUGAUGCCCACAUGUCUUAUAAAUGUGUUUGUUGAUUUAUUUUAUAGGCCAUAAAGUUUGCUUUUGCCCAGAGGUCAUUGCUUGAGGAUGGCAAUGUCACAAAAAUUGUUAACCAAAUGUUAAGGUAGAUGUGCUGCACAAUUUCAUCUUUUUUUUCCAAUGUUUCGUUUUUUAUGCAAAAUGAAUAGCAGUUUGUAGAAACGUUUUGUAUGUGUAGAAGGAUUUUAGGGUACUGGGGAAAUAAAGUCUUUAUACUUUUCACAUUUUACUCUAAAUGCUCCUUUCGUUCUCUUUUCAUUGGUCCACUCCUUUUUUAAGUUCUCUGACCUUCGCCGCCUUUCGUGGGUUGUCACGCAGCGUUGUGACAACACAUCAAAGAAGGGUACCGAGGCGACCGCGCCUCCAGUCUUUCUGUGUCCUUCAUUGAUACACACCAACAUUAAUUAUAAUUAUGAGUUAGAGUCAGAAAGAAAGUAUAUUUUUGAUUUUUACUUGCAUUUUAGAUACAAAUGUUACUUUUAGUUGUAAGGAAUUCGUAAGGAAAAGAAAAUCUGUAAAAAUCGAUGUUAGAACUUAAGACCCGUUCUGCCUUUGUUGAAAAUUAUUCAACGCCUUUCUUAGUUAUGGAAAUGAAUCUUCUUCGUUCCCUAUUUUUUUGAAAUUCUCACAUCCAACUUUUCUUUCAGCAAAGAACAUGCGAAAUCCCUCAGAGAGAAAAUCUCACCCAACAAAACCUUCAAUGAAUCUUAUUAUGGGCCAAUGUUUGGCCAAGCAGAGUCACAUGGUACUGCGCACGUGUCUGUUAUAGGACCCGAUGGUGAACUCGUGAGUGUUACCAGGUGUGUGGAAGGGUUACACUAUAUUUAGAACAUAACUGACAAAAGACAGUUAGAAGAGUUGCGCUAGAGUUAGUCCAUCAGGGUUAACCCUUCUUAUGGUCAUUAAGUAUUAUCAACUGACGUUCGAAUGUUAGCUCUUCGCAAUUGCUAGUUCUGGAGUAUUUGUAGAUCAUGGUGUUGUAUUGGUCCAUAAAUACACCUCGAAGAAAUUAGGCCAAUACCCAAUAUGCAAUUUGUUAAGGACUUUAACAACCGAUGCAAAGUCUUGGAGUGUGUAAGUACAUAAGAUUUUCUGUUAAACUCGGAAAUGAUUAUUUCCAUGUUUUUUCGAUGUAUAACGAUUUUAGAUAUAUGAAAUUCAUAUAUUUGCACUGCGGUGAAGAAACGAAUUGAAGAGAUCCUCGCAGCUAAGAACACUACUGAACUAGCAGUUGAAAAUAUGACCUGAAAAAAAUUCAGGCCCGUACGGGAUUUGAACCCAUGACCUCCACGAUACCGGUGCAGCGCUCUGCUAACUGAGCUAACUAGCCAACUGGGAGCUGGUCAAUAUGUUGGGUCCAAAUAAGCCAUCCAAGUGAUGAAUAAUGAUUUUAGAUAUAUGAAAUUCAUACAUUUGCACUGCGGUGAAGAAACGAAUUUAAGAGAUCCUCGCAGUAAAGAACACUACUGAACUAGUAGUUGAAAAUAGGACCUGAAAAAAAAGAAAUUCAGGUCCGUACGGGAUUUGAACCCAUGACCUCUGCGAUACCGGUGCAGCGCUCUACCAACUGAGUAAUACUCUCUAAAUUCGUUUCUUCACCGCAGUACAAAUAUAUGAAUUUCAUACAUCUAAAAUCAUUAUUCAUCACUUGGAUGGUUUAUUUGGACCCAACAUAUUGACCAGCUCCCAGUUGGCUUGUAAGCUCAGUUGGUAGAGCGCUGCACCGGUAUCGUAGAGGUCAUGGGUUCAAAUCCCGUACGAGCCUGAAUUUUUGUCCGGUCCUAUUUUCAACUACUAGUUCAGUAGUGUUCUUAGCUGCGAGGAUAUCUAAAAUUCGUUUUUUCGAUGUGUUUUUUCCAGCUCAAUAAAUGAAUAUUUUGGUUCGGGCAUCAUGACAGAGAACGGAAUUAUUUUAAACAAUGAGAUGGCAGACUUUUCAAUUCCUGGAGUCACGAAGGUUGGCUGGGAUGGGCCACCCAAGGUAAGUCAAAACGUUUGCUACAUCCUGUGUAUUAUUCCACCUUUAUAGGGAAAUGAUGGCUAUUCCAAAAGUAAUCAUACUUAUAAAAAUAUCUUAGCCCGACAUUUCACAGAAUAACCUCGACUCUCUCCUCGUCGACGACCUAACGCAAUGUAAGAACGUGCUAAAUGUGUUUUAUUCAGUUGGAAUUUGUUCAUUUAACUGCCAACAUUCGGGCCGUUUACUUUCAGGCUAACUUUAUUGUGCCAGGAAGGCGUCCUCUCUCGUCCUGUGUGCCAACUGUUGUUCUUCAUAAGGAGGUAACGAAGUUUGCCAAGGUUCAAUGUCGCCUGUAUGUUAAACUUCAUUUAAAAGACUGACAUAUGGAAGCAAAAUUACCAAUAAAAUGCACCGUCGAGUAAUGGUACCUGCGAUAAGAUGAAUGCAACGUUUUUUCGAAGACUAUAGUAAAACUAAAAAUUACAUUACAGCUCGGUAAUCUCCACAAUCGUUGUUGUUAGAAUGAAAAACCAAGCAAUUAUGAUUGUAUCUCAGCAAAAAAGCGAGACUUUGAAACUUUGAAUAUGUGUCUGUCUUACACAAUAUUUACAACUGAUGUAUCGUUAUUGUUGUGAGUGAUUCAAGGAAUAAGAUUUGGGAAAAAACGGUGUAAAACGGUGCUCUAGCAAUUGCAAAAAAUUAAUAAACGGCGUGGCGAUCAGUCGUGUAAAUAUUGUAUUAUAACUUUCUAUUUAAAUUGUAAAAAGUUUUGGUAAAAUUUCCGCACAGCCCCAUACUAUUGUAAACAAAUCUGUUUUCCCAAUGGCAAUGUAUUGUUUUUGUCAUUGUUUUCUCCAACCGAGAACUGAAUGCAUAUUUAGUUUGGGGCUGUGCGGAAAUUUUACCCCUUCCUCUUUUUCUCUAACCUUAUCCUCCUUCUUCCACAUCUCCGUGUUCCAAUCGAGCAUCAUGAGCGUUCGCUGUAGAAGUUGUUAACGUUUGUUUUAUUUCUUCAGAAACGUUGUUGGUUCCGCAUGUCACUGGGGGCUUCUGGUGGAAUGUACAUAACGCCUUCGGUAGCUGAAGUUUUGGUUAGCUAUCUCGCCUUUAAUGAGCCGUUGAAGAGUUCCAUUGAAAGACCAAGAGUAUUCUUUAAUAUAAACACUGGCACUCCAGAAAUUGAAGGUACUGAUGUUGGCUUUGUUUUUCAUUUCUGGUUUUGCAUGCGACAGGCAGAGAGACAAAUAAUUAUGACGUUCAUUGCUAUUUUACCAAAUUUGACUUCGUCUCGUCAGUGUUUACGUAAAUUAAGAAUUCUCAUGUGGUAUACAGACAACGGCGUGACUCAAAUAUGCCUUUUCCGAAUCCUAAGUACUGUCAUGUUCAAAAUGAGGGUUCAAGUUUGAAUGAGUUGUAUUUGAAAAGGGGAGUUAAAAUUUUUUAGCAUGAAAUGCUUUGCACUUAUCUGAGCCUUUUCAAGGCGAAUAACUAUGAAGUGAAUCCAACCCAAAUUUCCUCCCUUUUUAAUCUGCUCCACCACUGGGAACGGGCUGUGCGUACCCCAGAAGAGGCACUGCAUGAUGAAUAUGGCCCAUUGAAGAACAGAGAAGAGUUAACCUUUGCUCCCCACAAGUCCAGUUGCCAUCACAAUUUUCUGUUUAAUUUAAAUUUUAUUUGCUGAUAUUGAAACAUAACAAACGGUUGACUUUGCUCUAUGUUUUCCCCUAGCUGACAAAUUCGAAAACAAGAAAGUGGCCUCUAGUAUACAGAAGGAUCUUCGCAACAUGGGUCAUGAUAUCUCGCAGAGGCCUGCACUAACGGAUGUAAAUGGAUUAUCAUUUUUUAAAGAAAACGUUUCAGCGCAUGCUGACAGCAGAAGGGGGGGCGAAGGAAGUGCUCAGUUUUAACUUUGGAAUUUAGUGGCUCUGCUCUGGUGUUAAUUUAACUCCAAGAAAUUAUUUAUUCUGUCACUAAAGUAAUGUAAUGGGUGUAUGUUUAGGGGAAAUAAAUGUGUAAUAGUGGUUUAAAAGGUUGCCGCUCGCAUCCAGGAAAGGCUGGUUUUCGCUUGAGCAUAAACACAAGCCAAGACACGCGCGAAAAGUUAGGAAAAUGACGAAGAAGAACAAUCUUGUUUCAGUUUUAUGUUCAUGGUUACGUUUGUGUUACUUUCGCUGUCCGGCGUGAUCUCGGUGCUAGGGUUCAUUGCUGAGGCGUUCUAACUGUAGUUGGUUUACUCAACCACUCAGAUUCAAA